CAGCAUUUUACAGUCGCGCUGUUUCCGUGCGCCGAGAGUUGUUUACGUUAUCGAGCGUACACAUUGUUUACGUUAUUGCGCGUUCCGUUUGGUCCUAUAGAACGAAGGGUGUGUUUACAUUAGCGCAAGUUUUCAUUAUCCCGUGUUUACGUUAUCGAGCGUUUGCUGUAGUUAAAAUUGUUAUGAUUAUCGGUUGUGAUAACAAUUACGUAUUGUUACUAAUUACAAUAACAAUUACUUUGUGAUAACUUCAAUAAGGAAUUAUCACUCUGCUAUUGGAACUUUAAGAAUGAAGUAGCCUAAAAUCCAAUUCGAUUGUGGUAGUACUAUAGUAUGGAGUGUGAUAUAAAUUUCAAUGUCAUUUUGAUUCCGUAAAAUUCCAGUGCUAAUGGAAUAAUUUUGUUUUUGAUGGAACACUUCCAGUCUACCCCGUCUCAAUUAGGAUUACGAUUUGGAGUGGCCAGCUCGCUGUCCCGAUUUGAGACAUUGGGAUUUUUUAAAAUCCCGAGUUUAUGUGAAUCUUCCAAAGAACCUACAAGAUUUGAGAACACAAUCAGAAUCACCAUGAAAACCCCAGGAUAAAUUCAAUGCUGCUUAACUCCUGUAAAGGUGAUCAAGUUGUAGUAGUGGUGGUGGGAAGGCGACCCUUCUUUCCAACCUAGCUGCACCAGAAAUCGAUUCCAUUUUGUUAGAUCUAAACCAAUCGCGUUUGUAUACUUUCACAUGUUUUGGCAACUUUGCGUGCCAUACUUUUGCGUAAAAACGCUGAUUCCUUGACUUCAUUUUCUGCAUAGGAGGAGAAGCCAGCGGUUCCUCCUCCUCCAUCUUACAGCAGGGAUAGACGAAGAAGUAGCUGCACCAGAAUGUUAAGGGACCCCGAGGAAAUUCUGAAAUCGCUGAAGGCUGUAAAAGGUGAACUAGGUAGAACGAUGAGUCUUACUGGAGACAAGAAACAUAGGAAAUCCGCUAGUGGUCCCUCUGGAGGUGAGGAAUGCAGAGAAAACCCCGAGGUCAGUGAUGCUGGAGCUAGCCCUCCGUCAAGUCCCGAACGUACGUCUCCACCUCAACUCGGACCUGGACAGAUCAAACCUAAAGGAUACCGCUUUUCGACCUCGCAACCUCCCGAAAUCAAACUGGGCCUGCUGAUGACGAAAGGUCAGCUGGAGGUGGAAGUGGUAUGCGCUCGACGAAUCCCGUCUCGCGAAGCUCCUCCCGACACGUACGUAAAGUGCUACCUUAGAGAACAGGACAGAUGGCUGCAGAAGAAAAAGACAAGGAUCGCGAAACACUCGUACGAACCGCAGUUCCGGCAGACGCUCAAGUACCAAGCGUGCGACAUCCUGGGGCGAAGUCUGGUCGUCAUGCUGUGGGAGAGACAAGGAGGGUUCGAGCACAAUCAAGGUUUAGGUGGCGCUGAGGUAGCAUUGGAUGCUUUGACGUUGACACACCUGACGACCGGUUGGUAUCCACUGUUCCCCAUUCAAUUCUUGGGCUCGGACUCGAACGAUUCGCCUUGACAAGGUGACUCUCCGGCAGACUAGCUUGCUAGAUGUGUGCUAGUCGCUAUGGGACACGUCACAAGACAACAUAUUUCAUUACUGGGAAUCCUGCAAUUUUAACUCCAAAACGGAGUCUUGAAGGAUAUCGACAUCUGUAGAAAGCGUACGCUUAUUAUUCGUUAAUUUGUACUCCAUGUUGUUUUCGAACGCUGCUUCAGUAGAUCGUGUGUUUAAUCGUAACGUUGUAACUUUGACGCAGUUGAAGGUACUGCCGCAAGCAUUCUAGUUCAGACGUCUAGAAGUUGUAGACCAUUUGAAAAAUCCGUAAAAAUUAAGAGCCAUUUCCGGCCACUACAAAAGAAUUUCGAUUGAUGACUUGUCGACCCAACACCUAUAAGUAAUUUUAGAAAAUCAGAGAGCUGUGUUGUGGGUUUCUAGAUAUAUAGUGAUUCAAAAAAUGACAUAGAUUCUUGUAGAAGUAUCUUGGACUGUGUUGUAACCCGUAUGUGAAAAUGCCAAAAAUGAACUCCAAUGAAAGUAUUAGAUAACGCGGCAGAAAUGUUUCCUUCAAGGAAGAAAGUAAAGUGUAGAUACAGGGAAAAAGAUGAAAUUUAAGACAAUCAUUACAAAAAAUCAUUUUAUAAAAACACUAUAAUUAAAAGACUAUCAUUUAAAGUAAGGUGGCCUUAAGGUAAUUGUUUGGCCUAUUUCAAAGUGUUCCAUUAGAAACGCAGGCUUUGAGAUCCUUCACUUAUAUCAUUCAUACAGGGUGACUUUGAAGUUGAGUCAUUAAUUUUCAGAUAAUGAUUGUAGAAGGAAGAUAAACCAAAAUAUGUGUGUAAAAAUAAAAAAAAUAAAAAAAAAAUGUUACCUUGUUUUAUAAAGUAUCCUCCCGACAAGUAUUUCAGUGCGGACCUGUAUUUGAUCGUGAGGUCUUGGAGCACCGGCAUGCCCUCCUCUGUGAGGUCUAAAGUCACCUGAUUCACGAGCCCGUUGUACUACAUUAACAAAGGCACGAGGGGUUGGUUGCACUCGAUUGGGAAACCGAUCCGCAUAAACAUGUGCCAUUUUUUAUUUCGUUUGAGCCACGCAGCAAACACCACUAUUCACUCACGCGUUACCGACUGACACAUUGACUGAAUAAAAACAUCGUGAUCAGCGUUUCAAAUUCUUUCGCUUUUUUGUUUCCGAUGCGAUGAACCGAUAAGGCGGAUUAUAUCCGUUGUUGCCAAAUACGAGCACAUAAUAUUAUUAUUGAGACAGGGCGGUACUCAAACUUCUAAAGGGCUAUAACUUUGUUACUUUAAUUUUACCAGAAAAAUGUUAAAGGAAAAAACAUUUCUUUUGAUCAGAUCUACUCACUGUUAAAAUAAAUGACUCAACUUCGAAGUCACCCUGUAUAUAUAGGUUCACUUCACAUAUAUUUUGAUUUCUCUUGACGUUUCAGCCACCUCGGUGGCCUUUUUCGAGUACAAAUGACAAUUAAUGACAGUAUAUUUUUCUUAUCUGUCUGUUGUGUGCCAGUUCAUUCAUUUUGAAGGGAAGAAAAUAUAUAUGAACUGUUACCUGGGAACAGAUAAACAUAAGGCUCUGCUAGAUCUAGAGCCAUUUUCAAAGUAAAUAUAUAUAUAUUAGUAAAUCAUCUCGAAUAUAACUUGGUAGAAUGCAUUAAUCAGUACUAUAACUAGCUAUAUAUCAAAUAUUGUCUGUAGUAUUAUUCAUAUUUUUCAUACUCCAAAAGGUUGAACCAGAAUGGAGAAAGAGCUUUGAGGCAGGUUAAACGAAAACUUAACAUGACCUGUGAAUAUACCCUGUCUUGCAUGAGGAGGCUUUUCGGAGUCCGCUUUUAUUAGUUCUAAGGGAAUUGCUGUGAUGCUCCAUGGCAACAUGGCUGUGACAAUUAAAAUCGUAGAUGAACAUCUAAAUACAGCAUAUGGUUGGGUAUCUUAUACCAUGAUCAGUGUCACAUGUCAAGCUUCCAUUCUGUUUGUAGCAUUUUUUGGACAUGGUAGUGUUUUUCGACUAAAAACAGGCCUGUUAGUAAGACAGGGUAUAAUAAAAGCUUGAAAUGAAACAGCGACUGAUAAUAUUCUUACCUAAUACUGAUAACUGAUGGAAGAACGGCCUAUAGAUAAAACUGAGGUGUUGUUGACAGGUUGAUGCUAACAAUUUGGAAGAGGCUUCAGAAUAAAGAUUGUAUUGACAGUUUGAGAUGAUAAAUCGGAUGCAUAGUUAUAAAUAUAGAGCACAAGGACACAACUAAUGAAAAACCUUGCUAGCUAUUCAUAAGAAAACUUGAAUCGUCAUCAAUAUAUCCAAGGCAACCCGCAGGAAUUUCUGUCAGGGAGGUCGCUUUUUGUGAAAGUCUACUUGCAGAGUAGGAGGUAGCAAAUUUUUCCAGGGGAGCCAAAAUUCUCAAAAUUGUACACAAAAUCCUGCUAAUUCAGAUUUUCUAUCGAAGUUUUCAAGAAAAGUGUAGAGUAUACACGUAUUAUUUUAAAACCCUAGAUCAAAACAGUCUUCAGGCAGCAGCAGUGGCCGCAGUGGUAGACGAAAUUUUUUUCUUGGCUAUGGAUGUUGUGAUUGUCCGUAGGUGGUAGACGGUACCACCCGGCGGAUCUCGUAGGCGGGCCAGAAUGUGUGCAUGCUGCAUGCACACGUGUUCCCUCGCUAGAGUCAGUGUGGCGUCCCCUCCUUUUCCCCUGAAUCCCCCUAUAGCCCCACGGUAUGAGUGUUUAGGCUCUUGGCCUUCGUGGUAACUGGAAUAUAAAAAAGUCUAACAUAGAAACAGGUCUGUACUUAGGAAUCACAUACGAUCAUGGUAGGACUGUAAACCGUUUUUGGGGUAUCAUACAGUGUUUUGGCAUAAGAAACUCUUCCAAUUUUUCAUCAACCAGAGUCUCAAACCUCUUUAACCUAAUGUUAAAAUUGCAGUGUUCAUUGUAACGACUAGCGUAUGUAUUUAUAUUAUAUCCAAAGUAGUUUGAUGUGUGGAUCAUUUAAUCGAUUCAAAGAUAAUAAAUAUAAAACAUGGGCUCUAAGUAAUCAUAGACAUAUUGCGUACUAUACGUAUUCAGACAAAUCAGUAUAUUUAAUUGAAUAUGUAGAUAUUGGGAGAGCGAAUCACCGCUUAGUAUCCUUUACAAACAUAUAUAUUUUCAGAGGAAUAUAGAGAGCGACCCAUAUCUCUUCAGACAUUUCAAUGAGAUAUUCCGUUUUGCACACGAUGUUGGGGACAACAAUGGUGCGCCCUGAAUAUGGUUAAACAAACGUCUAGAAGAAAGAACAUGUGCUACUUCUUAACAAUAUUUUUACUUCCCACGCCUAAUGUAGAGAAUAUAACGAUUUUGAUGCUAUAUGACACCACCAUGUCACUCAUUUUCAUCGAUCUGUUCGCAAAUCCUUGGCCCGUCUACUCGUAUAACUGCUGGAAUUUGGAGAAAAUUUUUACACCAGGCUGCCACUAUGCCAAAGGUGAAGAAGCUUUGUAGUUUUUGAAAAUCGAUGCUAUGGCGACAGUGACAAAUGCAAAAAAAAAUAGAAUAUAGUGCACUAAUGUUUCUGACAAAAUCUACGGCCUUUUGAUGCCAUGGAAAAUUGUACUAGAAGCUGUUUUGAAGGCGUGGGAAAUAUAGAGGUAACCUACUUGACGC